AUGGAUCUAUGGCAACAGACGAAUAUGCCAUGUCGUGCAUGGUGCACAUCGUGUGAAUGCAGCUAUACCUCCCAACUCACCUGUCCUGUGGGUCAGCUCUACAUGCCAGACAAUUACCCGCACACGCUUACCACCUUUUCCGAUGCAUCCAAUUCUCAAUAUAGUAUCGAUAAGCAAGCUACGCCUCAUGUACAUGUGCAACAAGACGAGGGGCCCGAACCUCCAGAAAUAUUUCAGUUGCCAGAAGAUGCUUUUUUGGGUGCGAGCCCACAUGACAUUGCUUAUGGAAGUAGCUCAGCAGCUUCCAAGAAUUUCAGUCAGGAUAUAGACAUCGACCGUCUAGCAUGUGAUAAGAGCGUUAAAUAUCUUGGAGUCAAGAGUGGAGGCGAGCCUCUACCAGCGGUAUCAAAUUGCCCACCGCCCAAAGCCUUCCAAAAGCAAGCGCAAUGCGAUUUCACUCAAACAAACAUCCCAACAGAGUUUCAUGCCCUACCUCAGACAUACUCUCCUCAGCUCAGUACACAACAAUAUACCGCCCCUCCGAACCAGGCAGGCAUAGGCAUAGCUACAGAUGAAGGCGGCCUUCGGGAAAACUGGGAAGAGUUCGACCACGCGUUUUUAGCAGCGAAUUGGGGGCAUGGAAGCGCCCAAGUCGCCCAGGAGGCCUAUUCACUUUCCGAACCGGAUAACGGCUUGAUGAUGUCUUUUCAACAAGACGACUACAAUAACCUGAUGCGCGCACCCCGUGCGAGCUACGCCUCUGAGAUUCAACAAUUGUAUCGGGAAGGCGAGCCUUACCAUUCAAUAUCAUAUACACAGACAUCACGCAGCAGGUGA